CUGGAGUGCAGUGGUGCGAUCCCGGCUCACUGCAACCUCUGCGUCCUGGGUUCAAGUGAUUCUCCUGCCUCAGCCUCCUGAGUAGCUGAGACUACAGGGCACACCACCACACCUGGCUAAUUUUUCUAUUUUUAGUAGAGAUGGGGUUUCACCAUGUUGGCCAGGAUGGUCUCAAUCUCCUGACCUCGUGAUCCACCCGCCUCAGCUUCCCAAAGUGCUGGGAUUACAGGCAUAAGCCACGGUGCCCAGUCUGGGGUCCUACUUUUAGCCUCCUUAAACAAAACAAUGAUCAGCCAAGAAUUUUGUAUCCAGUGAAACUAACCUUCAUAAAUGAAGGAAAGAUAGUCUUUUCCAGACAAACAAAUGCUGAGAGAAUUCGCUACCACCAAGCCAGCACUAAAAGAACUGCUAAAAGCUCUACAUCUUGAAACAAAUUCUCAAAAUACACAAAAAUAGAACCUCCUUAAAGCAUAAAUCUCACAAGAUCUACGUAACAAUAACUCAAUGAAAAAAAAAACAAGGUAUUCAGGCAACAAAUAGCAUGAUGAGUAGAAUAGUACCUCACAUAUCAAUACUAAUAUUGAGUAUAAAUGGCCUAAAUGCUCCACUUAAAAGAAACAGAACGGCAGAAUGGAUAAGAAAUUACCACCCAAAUUUCUGCUCUCUUCAGGAGACUCACCUAACAUAUAAGGACUGACGUGAACUUAAGGUAAGUGGAAAAAGAUACUCUAUGCAAAUGGACACCAAAAGUGAGCAGGAAUAGCUAUUCUUAUACCAGACAUAACAAUUUUAAAGCAACAGCAGUUUAAAAAUACAAAAAGGGACAUUAUAUAAUGAUAAAAGGACUAGUCCAACAAAAAAAAAUUGCAAUUCUAAAUAUAUAUGCACCUAACACUGAAACUCCCAAAUUUAAAAAACAAUUACUAUUAGACCUAAGAAAUGUGAUAGACAACAACACAGUAAUAGUGGGGGACUUUAAUAAUCCACAGACAGCACUAGACAGGUCAUCAAGACAGAAAAUCAACACAGAAACAAUGGACCUAAACUCUACCCUACAACAAAUAGACUUAAGAAAUAUUAAUGAACAUUCUACGCAACAACUGCAGAAUAUACAUUCUAUUCAUCUGUACAUGGAACAUUCUUCAAGAUAAACCAUAUGAUAGGCCACAAAACAAGUCUCAGUAAAUUUAAGAAAAUCAAAAUUAUAUCAAGUACUCUCUCAAACCACAAUGGAAAAAAAUUGGAAAUCAACUCCUAAAGGAACCCUCAAAAUCAUGAAAAUACAUGGAAAUUAAAUAACCUAUUCCUGAAUAAUUUUGGGGUCAACAAUGAAAUCAAGAUGGAAAUUUAAAAAUUCUUUAAACUGAACAAUAAUAGUGACACAACCUAUCAAAACCCCUAAGAUACAGCAAAAGCAGUGCUAGGAGGAAAGUUUAUAGCAUUAAAUACCUACAUCAAAAAGUCUGAAAGAGCAAAAAUAGACAAUCUAAGGUCACACCUCACAGAACUGGAGAAAGAACAAUCAAAACUCAAACCCAGCAGAAGAAAAGAAAUAACAAAGAUCAGGGCAGAACUAAAUGAAAUUGAAACAAAAAAAUACAAAAAAAUAAAUGAAAUGAAAAACCUGGUUCUUUGAAGAGAUAAAUAAAAUUGAUGAGCCAUUAGCGAGAUUAACCAAGAAAACAAGAGAGAAGAUCCAAAUAAGCUCAAUUAGAAAUCAAAGAGGAGCUAUCACAACUGAUACCAGAGAAAUACAAAAGUUUAUUCAAGACUUCCAUGAAUGCUUUUACAUGCAUAAACUAGAAAACCUAGAAGAGAUGGAUAAAUUUCUGAAAAUAUACCCCCGUCCUAGGUUAAACCAGGAAGAUAUAGAAUCCCUGAACAGACCAAUAACAAACAGUGAGAUUGAAAUUGUAAUUUUUUUAAAUGCCAACAGAAAAAAGUCCAGUACCAGAUGGAUUUACAGUUGAAUUCCAUCAGACAUUCAAAGAAGAAGUGGUACCAAUUCUAUAGACACUAUUCCACAAAAUAGAGAAAGAGGGCAUCCUCCCUAAAUCACUCUGUGAAGCCAGUAUCAUCCUAAUAUCAAAACCAGGGAAUGACAUAACAAAAGAGAAAACUACAGACCAGCAUCUCUGAUGAACAUAGAUGCAAAAAUCCUCAAUCAAAUACUAGUGAACUGAAUCCAACAGCAUAUCAAAAAGAUAAUCCACCAUAAUCAAGUGGGAUGCAGGGAUGAUUUAACAUACCCAAGUCAAUAAAUGUGAUACACCACAUAAACAGAAUUAAAAACAAAACCACAUGAUCAUCUCAAUAGCUGCAGAAAAAGCAUUUGACAAAAUCCAGCAUCCCUUUAUGAUUAAAACUCUCAUCAACAAAAUUGGCAUACCUUAAGGUAAUAAAAGCCACAUACAACAAACCCACAGCCAACAUUAUACUGAAAGGAGAAAAGUAGAAAGCAUUCUCCUUGAGAACUGGAACAAGAGAAGGAUGCCCACUUUCACCACUUCUAUUCAACAUAGUACUGGAAGUCCUAGCCAGAGCAAUCAGACAAAAGGAAGAAAUACUUUCAAACAUCUUUUAUUAGCAUGUGGUUAUAUAUGGUUAUUAUUUAUUCAUUAAAAUGAGAACUGGGAGCACCCCCACUGUAAAAAAAAAAAAAAAGGAAGAAAUAAAGGGCAUUCAAAUCGGUAAAAAGGUGGUCAAACUGUCACUCUUUGAAAGGAUAUGAUCGUAUACCUAGAAAGCCCUAAAGACUCAUCCAAAAAGCUCCUAGAACUGGUAAUUAAAUUCAGCAAAGUUUCAGAAUGCAAAAUUAAUAUACACAAAUAAGUAGCUCUGCUGUACACCAGCAGCAACCAAGCUGAGAAUCAAAUCAAGAACUCAACCCCUUUCAAAAUAGAAAAAAAAAAAAAAACUUAGGUGUGUGCCUAAGAUUUUGGGUAACAGUAAUGUGUCAUUGUAGGUUCGUUAAAUGUAACAAGUGUUAUACUCUGGUGGAGGAUGUUGAUAAUCAGGGAAGCUGGAAGGGAGGGGUGAUAUAUGGGAACUCCCUGAACUUUCUCUCCUUAACUUUUCUGUGAACCUGAAACUUCUCUAGAAAGAUAAAUUCUAUCAGAAACAUGAACAAAAAAGAACAGGGAAUGAGAGAGGGAGAUUUUUUACAAGAAUGUAUAAUGGUGCUACAAAGGAUGACUAGAUGUGAACUUCUAGAUUCUGGAAGGGCAAAGCAGUGCAGCAAAGCUUUCAUAUGGGUAUGAGCUGUCAUGCACAUGGCUCCUAUCUGAAAAUCUAGUUCUUCCGGAAUCCGGGUCUGCUGGCCAACAUCUCAGCAGUUUUCACCCUGCAGACUUAAUUAGGCUCCUCUUCCUUAUGUGCCCUCCCUGAAUAUGGCAUUUUGAAAGCCCAAUGUUGCCCAGGGGCCAUCUCCUUUGGGUUUAUGAGAGACCUGCAUUCUCCCUGGCUCAGUUCUCUCAGGCUCUCCAGAGCUCAGGACCUCUGAGAAGAAUGGAGCCCUCCUGGCUUCAGGAACUCACAGCGCACCCCUUCUUGCUGCUGAUCCUCCUCUGCAUGUCUCUGCUGCUGUUUCAGGUAAUCAGGUUGUACCAGAGGAAGAGAUGGAUGAUCAGAGCCCUGCACCUGUUUCCUGCACCCCCUGCCCACUGGUUCUAUGGCCAUAAGGAGUUUUACCCAGUAAAGGAGUUUGAGGUGUAUCAUAAGCUGAUGGAAAAAUACCCAUGUGCCGUUCCCCUGUGGGUUGGACCCUUUACGAUGUUCUUCAGUGUCCAUGACCCAGACUAUGCCAAGAUUCUCCUGAAAAGACAAGAUCCCAAAAGUGCUGUUAGCCACAAAAUCCUUGAAUCCUGGGUUGGUCGAGGACUUGUGACCCUGGAUGGUUCUAAAUGGAAAAAGCACCGCCAGAUUGUGAAACCUGGCUUCAACAUCAGCAUUCUGAAAAUAUUCAUCACCAUGAUGUCUGAGAGUGUUCGGAUGAUGCUGAACAAAUGGGAGGAACACAUUGCCCAAAACUCAUGUCUGGAGCUCUUUCAACAUGUCUCCCUGAUGACGCUGGACAGCAUCAUGAAGUGUGCCUUCAGCCACCAGAGCAGCAUCCAGUUGGACAGUACCCUGGACUCAUACCUGAAAGCAGUGUUCAACCUUAGCAAAAUCUCCUACCAGCGCAUGAACAAUUUUCUACAUCACAAUGACCUGGUUUUCAAAUUCAGCUCUCAAGGCCAAAUCUUUUCUAAAUUUAACCAAGAGCUUCAUCAGUUCACAGAGAAAGUAAUCCAGGACCGGAAGGAGUCUCUUAAGGAUAAGCUAAAACAAGAUACUACUCAGAAAAGACGCCGGGAUUUUCUGGACAUACUUUUGAGUGCCAAAAGUGAAAACACCAAAGACUUCUCUGAAGCAGAUCUCCAGGCUGAAGUGAAAACGUUCAUGUUUGCAGGACAUGACACCACAUCCAGUGCUAUCUCCUGGAUCCUUUACUGCUUGGCAAAGUACCCUGAGCAUCAGCAGAGAUGCCGAGAUGAAAUCAAGGAACUCCUAGGGGAUGGGUCUUCUAUUACCUGGGAACACCUGAGCCAGAUGCCUUACACCACGAUGUGCAUCAAGGAAUGCCUCCGCCUCUACGCACCGGUAGUAAACAUAUCCCGGCUACUCGACAAACCCAUUACCUUUCCAGAUGGACGCUCCUUACCUGCAGGAAUAACUGUGUUUAUCAAUAUUUGGGCUCUUCACCACAACCCCUAUUUCUGGGAAGACCCUCAGGUCUUUAACCCCUUGAGAUUCUCCAGGGAAAAUUCUGAAAAAAUACAUCCCUAUGCCUUCAUACCAUUCUCAGCUGGAUUAAGGAACUGCAUUGGGCAGCAUUUUGCCAUAAUUGAGUGUAAAGUGGCAGUGGCAUUAACUCUGCUCCGCUUCGAGCUGGCUCCAGACUACUCAAGGCCUCCCCAGCCUGUUCGUCAAGUUGUCCUCAAGUCCAAGAAUGGAAUACAUGUGUUUGCAAAAAAAGUUUGCUAAUUUUAAGUCCUUUCAUAUAAGAAUUAAUGAGACAAUUUUCCUACCAAAGGAAGAAUGAAAGGAUAAAUAUAAUACAAAAUAUAUCUGUAUGGUUGUUGGACAAAUUAUAUGACUUUGGAUACUUCUGACUGGUUUUGACAUCUAUUAACAGUAAUUUUAAUUUCUUUGCUGUAUCUGGUGAAACCCACAAAAACACCUGAAAAAACUCAAGCUGACUUCCACUGCAAAGGGAAAUUAUUGGCUCGUGUAACUAGUGGUAGAGUGGCUUUCAAGCAUAGUUUGAUCAAGGCUCCACUCAAUAUCUGCAUUACUUUUAUCUCUGCAAAUAUCUGCAUGAUAGCUUUAUUCUCAGUUAUCUUUCCCCAUAAUAAAAAAUAUCUGCCACCUUCUGAGUCCCAUAGUCUUUCAUUAUACCCUGUAGGGAAUGGAUAAAUUGAUGACAAUGUAUCAGAAAGCCUAGACACUUAAGAGGAAUUCUGAAUACAGAAAAGCCUGAUAUAUGAAUUCCCAUUUGGAAUAUUUAGAGGAUACCACGCUGUAUGGAACUCUUGCUCAACAUGGAGUAACUUAGCUACUAAAUGUUUCAGCAGGGAGGGGGUCCAGAUAGAACAACCUAAUCCCCCAUGCUGGUGUGUGCUAUAAUAGAGAUACAGAAAUUCCCAUAUAUCUGCAGUGGAAAACACAGAAUCAUUAAGAGAGCCAAGAAGCAUCACAAGAGAGCCAAGAGGAAUCAUUUUUGUUGAUGUUGAUGCUAUUCCUUUCUGUUUAUUAGUUUUCCUUCUAACAGUCAGGCCCCUCUGCUGCACAUCUGCUGGAGUUUGCUGAAGGUCCACUCCAGACCCUGUUUGCCUGGGUAUCACCGGCGGAGGCUGCAUAACAGCAAAGAUUGCUGCCUGUUCCUUCCUCUGGAAGCUUCAUCCCAGAGGGGCACCCACCAGAUGCCAGCUGGAGCUCUCCUUUAUGAGAGAUGCCCUGCCUGGAGAGGAAGAAUCUAGAGAGGCAGUCUGGCUACAGUGGCUUUGCCAAGCUGCGGUGGGCUCCAUGCAGUUGGAACUUCCCGGAGGCUUUGUUUACACUGUGAGGGGAAAACCCGCCUACUCGAGCCUCAGUAAUGGUGGACGCCCCUGCCCCACCAAGCUCGAGUGUCCCAGGUGGACCUCAGACUGCUGUGCUGGCAGUGAGAAUUUCAAGCCAGUGGAUCUUAGCUCACUGGGCUCCGUAGGGGAUCUGCUAAGCUAGACCACUUGGCUCCCUGGCUUCAGUCUCCUUUCCAGGGGAGUAAAUGGUUCAGUCUCACUGGCAUUCCAGGCACCACUGGGGUAUGAAAAAAAAAAAAAAAAACUCCUGCAGCUAACUUGGUAUCUGCCCAAAUGGCCACCCAGUUUUGUGCUUGAAACCCAGGGCCCUGGUGGCAUAAGCACCCUAGGGAAUCUCCUGGUCUGCAGGUUGUGAAGACCAUGGAGAAAGCCGUGGGUCGGAAUGCACCGUUCCUCAUGGCACAGCCCCUCAUGGCACAGUCCCUCAUGGCUUCCCUUGGCUAAGGGAGGGAGUUCCUUGACCCCUUGCACUUCCCAGGUGAGGCGACAUCCCACCCUGCUUCAGCUGGCCCUUUGUGGGCUGCACCCACUUUCUAACCAGUCCCAAUGAGACGAGCUGGGUACCUCAGUUGGAAAUGCAGAAAUCACCCACCUUUUGCGUUAAUCUCACUGGGAGAUGCAGACCGGAGCUAUUUCUAUUCAGCCGUCUUGCCAGCCACCAGGUAUUUAAUUUUAUGUGUGGCUAUUGUAAAUGGGGUUAUUUUAUUUUUUUCUUUUUUAACUUUUAAGUUCAGGGGUAUAUGUGCAGGUUUGUUAUAUAGGUAAACCCAUGUCAUGGGGGGUUGUUGUAU